AUGAAAGAAGUUAGAAGAUUUGGAAAGAAAAGGAAGUUAAGUUCCAGAUUUGUAGGCCAGUUUGAAAUUCUAGAAAUAAUUAGGCAAGUGGCUUAUCGGUUAGCAUUGCCACCAGCAUUGUUAAGAGUGCACAAUGUAUUUCACGUAUCUAUGUUGAGAAAAUACAUAUCGGAUUCAUCUCAUGUGCUUAGUCAUGACACCUUGAGCUUACAUGAAAAUCUUUCAUAUGAGGAAAAGCCAGUACAGAUACUGGAUAAGAAAGACAAGGUGUUGAGAAACAAGACAAUUCCAUUGGUUAAGGUUCUAUGGAAGAAUAGUGCGGUGGAAGAAGCGACUCUGGAAUUGGAGUCGAACAUGAGAGAAAACUAUCCAUAA